CCCAGGGAGACCGGAGUGCUUGCAGCGCAUUCCCCGGAGGGAAGGCGGGCUCUCCAGACUCGUGCGAGAGCGUGAGAUUGUGAUCCGACUGUGGGAUCCCUGCGGGAGGAGGGAACUUGGGGCCACGCCCUCGGAGGGUUCAGUCCAGCCUUUGAACUGCCAGGCCCGGCCCCUCGGAACGCCGGGCACCGCCCACCCCCGCCACCCCGGAGCCCGCAGCAGCCAUGGGCACCCCGAGCAGCCCGGACGAGGGCACCUCGCCGCAGCCUCCAGUCCCGGAAUGCGACGCCGAGCUCCCGCCCCAAGGGGCUGCCCAGCCCCAGGGACAGCCCCCCGAGGAGCCUCGCAAGCCGGCGGCUCCCGAGGCCCUGGCCGAGCUUCCGCGCGUCCAAGGCACCUCGCAGCAGGCGGAGGAAGAGGAGGAAGUGUGCGAGGGGAGCAGCACGGAGAGCAGCCGGGACGAGCUCCAGCCCGAGGCCAGGUCCCCCACCUCCACCCCUCCUGGGGAAGCAGCGCGAGGCGCAGCGCGGCGGCUGCGGGCACAGCAGCUGGAGGCCUUGACUCGCGUGGCCCUGAUGGAGCAGCGCGUGAAGGAGCUCCAGCGCCAGAAGAAGGAGCUGAGAAUUGAGAUGGAGGUGGAGGUGGCCCUGCUGCGGGGAGAGCUGGCCGGGGAGCGAGUGGCUGCUCGGCGGGAAGAGGAGCAGCUCCGGGAGCUGCUGGGGCAGCAGGUGGCCAGGGAGCAGCACAGCCGCGGCCGGGAGCUGCAGCGGGAAGAGGAGCAGAGGCGGCUAAGCCAGGAGCGGGACCGCGUGGAGGGGCUCCGCCAGAGACUCCGAGAGGCCCAGGGCCAGCUGGACUCCCAGCCUGAGGGCCAGCGCCAGCAGCUUCUGCAGGGGGUGCAGGAGGCGCAGGAGCAGCUGGACACAGCGCAGCGGGCCUAUGAGGACCUGGAGUUCCAGCAGCUGGAGCGCGAGAGCCGGAGGGAGGAGGAGGACCGGGAUAGCCCUGGGGCCCGGGUGCCUGUUGCCAGGGUCCCUGAGCUCCAGGCUAGCGUGGUACAGCACAAGCGCCGGAUCCAGGUCCUGGAGGAGCAGCUCAAGUCGCUGGGGGAACAGAUGGCAGUGGAGAGCCGGGGGCUGAGCCAGAAGAAGGAGGAGGCCCUGCAGGCCCUGGCUCAGGAACAGAACCGGCUCCUGGAGAUCAACCAACUUCAGGGAUCACCCGGUGGGGACGUCUCUGAGCAUAGCCAUGCUCUUACAAAGCUGCUGUUCACACAGAAGACCGACCGGCAGCUGCUGGUACUGCAGGACCCCGCUGCCCUCGCGGCCUCCUCCUCCUGCCUCUUCUCCGUCCACAGUUCCCUACAGGGCUCCAUUGACCUCCAGAGAACUGGAAGCCUGCCCCGGAGGAGAGGCGAGCGAGCAGGCCAGAAGGGAGCCCCCCGGCCGCUGUCCCUCCAUUGCACAGACACCUCAGCUGCUGCAAACGCCAGCAGACACCCUCUCUACCAGCUGCUGAACUGUGGCCACGGGCAUAGCUGUGCGGUAUUCCACCCGGACAUCGCUCACAUGGAAAGGCUGCUGCAGCAGGCUGUGGCAGAGAGAGAGCGACUGCUCAAGGCCAGGGAAGGGACGAGAAGGGGCGCAGACGGAUCCCCAGGCCGUGCGGUGGCGGCCAUCACGGCCCCACCCACGCCCCCUUCCCGCCCUCCUGGACCCCGAGUCUUGGACCUCCGGCAGCACCUGGAGCAAUGGGGCCACAACCCAGAGACUUGUGCGCACGUGCGGGUGUCCGGGGCCUGCUGCCGCGGGCCCCUGGUGAAGAUGGGUGGCCGGAUCAAGACUUGGAGGAAGCGGUGGUUCUGUUUCGACCGUCAGGCCCGUCGCCUGGCCUACUACGCGGACAAAGAAGAGACCAAGCUCAAAGGCGUCAUCUACUUCCAGGCCAUUGAGGAAGUCUACUACGACCACCUACGCUGUGCCUUCAAGAGCCCAAACCCUCGCCUGACUUUCUGCGUCAAGACCUACGAGCGCCUUUUCUACAUGGUGGCCCCGAACCCUGAAGCCAUGCGUAUUUGGAUGGAUGUCAUCGUGACUGCGGCAGAUGAGAACCACGCCCCCUGAGGAGCCACGCCCAGGUGGGCGUGUCCGGAGGGGC